AUGACGCAAUGCCGGCCCCACAAACAGCACCCCGAUACAUACCAGACCUCUGCAGAUGUCCGUCCAAUUACACGUGUCCGCGGAAAGCGGGACCCAUCCGCUCAACAGUGCCGUACUGUGUCGGCAGAUGUAACCGAUGUCCACAAGUGGAAAAAGGGGUUGUCUACUCCUAUCGCUGCUUUCACUACUGCUACACCUUCUGUGGCACCUCCUCCCCCACCAACUAUUGCUACACCUUCUAUGGCACCUCCUCCCCCACCGGUUGCUGCAACUCCUCCUGUGGCAACUCCUCCAACACCCCCUGCUGCCACCCCUCUUGUGUUACCUGCUCCUGCACCCGAUGUUUCCCCAUCUCCUGUGACACCUACUGCUUCCGUACCUACUUCCCCACCUGCUGCUAGAAUGCAUUUUGAGAUUGAUUCAUUCCCCAAAAGCUACCCAUCACUUGCAUCACAGAGAUUCUCAGUAGAUGUCCUUCACCUGGCUCCUAGAACACCACCAGCAGAUCUGUCAAAUCUUCGAGAUUCAGGCAAGAAUCGUCUUGCUGACAUGUUCACGACAACCCGUCAGAUAGGCCAAGGAGUUGAGUCGUGCUCCCUCCGUUACGGAGAUGCAAAUCUGAACCCAUCAGUUCUCAUGGACUAUUUGGUGGGUCUUGGAGUAUUCCCGUUUUGGGUCUGUCAUAUCCGAUCGGAUAUUCAGCUCAUCGAUUUGCCUUUUGAUGGGCCGCCUUCUUGA